UAGAUCAAGAUCACGAAAUUGUUAUUGUAUCCACUUUGGUGGUCCAUUUAUUAGUCACGCUAUGCAAGCGAAUCACUAAUUGUUGCUUUUAGCAAUAAACCAUAUUUAAAAUUUCAGUUGAAUUUAUUAUAUUUCAUAAAGAUUUCAAGAAUUAGUUUUAAUUCCCAUCAGGCCACAAAUUAAACUCGAAAGUCUUUUAAUUAUACAUAUUUACAGUAAAGUAUUUUUUAAAAUUAUUUACACAAAAAGUAAUGUCAAGUUCAACCGGAAACCCAGUUUUUGUAAAUCUGCUCCUACUUUUAUUUCUCAUCACGGAAGGAUUCUCUCAACCAACUGCGACCCAAUUUCCAUCAAACGAGGACAAUUACAUCCUCAAGGACAAGAAUGGCGUUGCUUGCAUCAUGAUCCAUUCAGCAUUCGAGAUACAAUACAAUCCUCCCGGGGUCAACAUCAUGACCUUUCCCCUUCCCGUGGGUCACGUUACGGUCACGGGCGACUGCGACGGGGGCAAAUUGCACCUCUCAUGGAACGCCAGCCACAUCCAGAACAAAAACUGGAUUGAAUUUUCCUUCCGAAAAAAUGAAAGUCAUUACAGCCUGCAAAAUUUUACUGGAAUAAUCUACACGCCCCAGGACUUUAUCAGUUUUGUGGCUCUACAACCAAUGGCUUCGAUGGUGACGCCACUGCUACAAUAUUCCUACAAGUGUGAAGAGUUGUACUUGACGGCGAGUAAUUAUACUGGUCUGGCGACACACAGUUUUCUUAUGGAAGCGUUUAGAAAGACGAAACCUGGCGACGCAAAUUUCGGAAAAGUUAUCGACUGUUACGAUCCUCAAACACCCGUGCCGCAGAGACAUGUUAAAUCUGCCUGGGAGAAUUUUAUAAGGAAUGCAAUGAUCAUAUUUGGCAUCUUCGUGGUAUUUAGUUUCUUCCAUUUGCUCUUUUAUAUGAGUAAUCCUCGCUAUAAUGCUAGGGUGAGAUCUAUGUUUGGUAAAUACUGUUAGCCCAGAAUUAUACUAGAUAUGUAUUUAUCUCAUUUUGUUGGAAUUCGGAAUUGGAGUCUAAUUUUGUCAAAUAAAAAAUACGUCAUGUA